AUGAUCUCGAGUGUCGCAACAUUUGCAUGGGUGAACUUGGUGAUUUGCAUCGCAACGGACGGUCAUGACACACAGGUGGCCUUGGAUGCGCAUGGCCUGAUCCAACCGGAUCAUCUACUGCGGAAAGAGCCGCGUGCCAGCCUGGUUGAGGACGAGGCUGUUCAAGCUCCUUCGCCAUCGAGUGACUUCGAUAGCUCCUCCGGCAUUUGGAAGGAGAUUCGCAAGAGAGCCAAGGUGACAGCCGUCGAGCCCUUCUCCGCUGAUGUUCCGCCCACCGUCGUCUACACAGCUCAGACAGCCUCAGCAGCGUCUACAAUCCUCAUGGGCACAGUAACGCUUUGUAUUGGCAUAUUCUGCAUGACGCAAAGCAGCCACAAGGGCUUCAAUCAGGCGACCUGGAAAAGCUUGAGCUGCAGUAUCUCCAUAUUCUCGGCACUGUUGGUAUAUCAUGUCCUGAGAGAAUCCACCAACCUCUUAGUGGAAGACGACUUUGCCACCGAAGAGGUCGCAAUGAAAGGGCUAAAGUCGGACGAGCCCGCUGUGGCGGCUCACAGCGGUGAUGGCGCUGUUGUGGUAGCCAUGCUGCGCUUUGUAUUUGCGUUCGGCCUGCAACAAGCCAUUCUGGUCUCGAGCAGGCAACGGAAGAUGGUGAUGAUGGUUUCUAACACUUUCGGAGCCCAGCUUGUUGGGCUUCUUUGCGCUGAUGCCUUCGCCACAUGGCAGGAGACUCCCUAUUGGUCUACCUCUCCUGGUGUGAGCUUUGGCUUGGUAUGUGUGACUGUCCUGUUGCUCGCGCUGUGCCUGGGUGCUCUCCCGCACUUGCGAAACAAGGUGAUCACCGACCAGCAGCAGCAGGCGCAGUGUCGAGAAGGAGACGACACCGUGGCUGCCUGGGGGAUCUCGCUGACGCUGGCGCAGUUUUGGCGCUUCGUCCUUGCUGGGCAGUUGCCUCACUACUUGGGCCUCCAGCGCAGCAAGUAUGACAGAUCUGAAACAUCCUUCCUCUUCUUGACGUGGAUUAUCCUGAUUAUCCUGACAGCCUUGUCGGAAAGGGCCUUCAGCUUGGUGCAAUCUCCUGCGGAAGGUGCUUCGAGAUUGGUCGUGUUGGCCCACAAGCUUCUGACGGGAGCAUCUGUUCUCCCCAGAAUCCUGGCGAUGACAGCAGCAUGGUGCUGCUUCUUCUGGGCGAAAUGGCUGGACUAUGGCAUGCUGACUACCGGCACCACCCUGGUAGCUGCUGGAGAGGUCAUGAAGGCUGAGAUGUACAACGCGAUGGUGUGCACUGGGCUGGCCUUUUGUGUGAUGAUCGGGCUCUUGAUGCUGGAAGAGAAGGCUCCACAGUUCAAGAAGUGCUUUGCCUUCUUUUGCGAGAGCAGCAUGUUCACCAUGUGCCUGGCCUGGAACAGCGCUUUCCAAGUAGCCUGCGCCUUCAGCAAGGAUGCAGCUGCCCCGGAAUUUGAGCAAGUCUUCACUCGCUGCACGCAAAGCCAGUGGAUGUGCAUUGUGCUCAUUCCUGCUUGGCUGCUGUUCAUGGUGCCGCGUGUGAUGGACUCCGAGGCAAGCAAGGAUGGUGCCACUGGGGGCCCCGAAGCAGAAGGCUCAGAAGAGCCGAAGGCGGCAGAGACGCCGAAGGAGGAGCCGGAGCAGAAGGAAGCAAAACCAGAGGAGCCAAAGGACGCGAAGCCGGAGGCGCCGAAGGAAGAAGCAAAGCCGGAGGCGCCGAAGGAGGAAGCGAAGGAAGCGGGUGAAUCCUAG